GCAAUUGUCGUUACAGCCGACGCGGUGCCUUACGUCAUUACGCCGCAGUUUACGACAUCAUGUGGAAAAUAGCAAUGUCGGAGGUAGGUAAAUCACUCCAGUCAGUGGUGCAGCGGGUGAACCAGGCUGCGUCCCGACGACCCAAGACGCUACCAACUGUGCCACCUCGACUUGUCGCUGUCAGCAAAACCAAACCUCCCGAGAUGGUGGUGGAGGCCUACAACCAAGGCCAGCGUAACUUUGGAGAAAAUUAUGUUAAUGAACUUGUGGACAAAGCUUCAGAUCCUAUGAUUUUAGAAUCAUGCCCUGAAAUCAAGUGGCAUUUCAUUGGUCAUCUACAGAAGAAUAAUGUCAACAAACUCCUGGGCGUGCCAAAUUUGUUCUUGGUGGAGACCGUCGACUCGGCAAAACUGGCUGACAAGGUCAACAGCUCAUGGCUGCGUAUCAGAGGAGCGAGCAUGCAGAGGUUAAAGGUCAUGGUGCAGAUCAACACCAGUGGCGAACAGAGCAAAUAUGGCCUCCCACCAGAGGAAACUGUCAAUACCGCGAAGCACAUUAUGUCGGAGUGCUGCGCCCUGCAGUUUGCCGGACUCAUGACCAUCGGGCGCUAUGGCUACAACCUCACCCUGGGCCCAAAUCCAGACUUCCAGAUGCUUGUGAGUCAGCGGCAGGAGGUUUGUGAGAGUCUGAAGCUUCCUCUGGAUGAGGUGGAGCUCAGCAUGGGUAUGUCCACAGAUUUUGAACAUGCGAUCGAGGUUGGGUCUACUAACGUACGUGUGGGAAGCAUCAUCUUCGGCAACAGGGAGUAUCCCAACAGCGCAGCCAACACUCCGAUUCCCAGUCCCGCACCCAGUCCAGCACCAAGCCCGGAAAAAACUUCCAAGCAGGUUUCAGAAGAGGCCGCCAAGAAAAUGCAGCACCUGACAGUCUGAAUCUGAAUACUAAUAAGUUGUCAAUUUCCUUUGUAAGAGAAAUAAUAAUAAUAAUAUUAAUAUUAAUAAUAAUACAUUUUAUUUACAACUGUAAAAUGUGCUCAUAAGAAGAACGUGAUACCCCCCCCCCACCCACACACACACACACGCACACACACAUUGGGUUAGGAUUGCCAAAUGAUUGCUUAUUAAAAAAAAAAAGUCAUCUCACAUCAG